UUUUAAAAUGUUGAUGUGUAAAAUUGGAUUUUAAGAAGUUUAAAAAUGGAGAAUGUUACGAAUGGCACAGAGGAAUAUAUAAAUAAAACUACUAACUUUGACAUCACAUUGAUAAUCGUCACGUCCUUGCUGUCCGUCAUAGGUGCGUGUCUGUUAUUCAUACUCACAUUUCUAAGAUGGAGGGGCGGGGAGUAUAUAAAUGAACCCAAGAGAUUGCUGGUAUGCUUAACAGUUGCGGAUUUGUUCGUUGCCCUUGGUAACAUGUUUGGCGCAAUUCGUUUUAUUGGAUCUAUGGAUUAUAAAUCAGUUAAUUCGAUAGUAGCGUGUCAUACUGGGCGCGACCCUUUAUGUAUUUUUCAGGCUUUUGUGACAAUUAUGUCAAGCAUGAGUUCGUUUUUCUGGACAACUAUAAUUGCGUUUCACCUAUUGUAUCUGACGCCAAUGGAACCGUCUCACAAUGGUUCUACAGUAAGAAUUUACAAACGAACUAUUUUUUACCACUUUAUUAGCUGGGGCAUUCCAGCCGCAUUGUCCAUCACUGCACUGAGUAAGAACUUGUUAGGUUCAGACUUAACUGUUGGUUCUGGUGCUUGGUGCUGGAUAUCAGCGUGCCUAUCGCAGACCGAGAGAACUAUCUGGAUGACGUUAACCAUGAAAGGAUGGGAAAUUAUGAUGUAUAUUUUAUGUGCACUAUUCUAUAUUCUGCUAAAAUGGUCUCAUUGUAAGGAAUACAGAAAGGUGAAAAAGGUUGAAAUGAUGACUGCUGGUAUAAAUGCUCCAAGAUUUAUAAGAUUACAGAGCGUUCCUGACAGCGAAAGAAAAUACACGAAAGUGGAUAAACGGUUCAUGUACUUAUGGCUAAUAGAGUUAUUUCUCAGAAGCUUUGGAACAGUAAGAUUUGUUAUGGCUACACUCAAAAGACAUACAGGACAUGCGUACACAUCUUAUGACAAAGCAGAUACAGUACUUUUUCAUUUUCAGAACUUUGGAGAUAGUGCUCAGGCGUUGUGCUCGUUCAUUGUAUUUUGUGCGUUUUCUGCUAGAACUCGGGAGUUAGUUAGAGUGAAAUGUGUUGGAGGCUGUGUAAAACAUGACGAUGAAAGUGUAUCAUUAUUGUCGAGUGUUAGUUAUAGAAAUGAUUAAUUGGUAGUCAUGUAAAAUAAGUAGCACUUUGUGUUGUGU